AUGCAAAUCGCCUUCGCUUUACAACUUUUGAAUUGGAAACCACAAAAUUCGAAAAUGGAAAAGGACAAAAAUAAAAAAAUGCUCGGAAACAAUUUGCCAACAACAACGGAAAAUACAAACAAGCCUUGUAGUGAUGCUGCGAGAACUUUUAUCGACGAUGCCAUUACUACUUCCACUCAUUUGAGUAGCACAAUGAUGGAAAGUACAGGCAAAAAAACAAUCAUGACGAGUCCAAGUUAUAGUACUGAUGAUGAUGAUUUGGAUGACGCAGCAGCAGUUUCCAAUUCUUCCGAUGAUCAUGGUGAUGAAGAAAAUAACAGGACAACAUUGCCGAAAACUAAAACACCAUCGUCCUCAUUGAUGCCGAAAAAGAAGAAGAAAAAGAAGUCUUUGAUUCAAAAGAAACAUUCCGAAGGAGAACCACAUCACCAACAUUUAGGAGUUGAGGGUCAUCAUUACAAGCACGACGUAGGAGUUAGCAGUAGAUCACAUCAUCGAGCAAAUCAAUCGACACCCGCAACCAUUGUGAUGAGAGAACACACCGAUUAUGGAGAAAUUAAUGUAUAUCCAAUUGAUAUCAAACAAUUACAGGCUUCUGAGACUCAAGUUGCUGGACAUGGAACACGUAAAAAGAAGGAACUAUCGUUACUAGUACGAGAUGGUAAAAUAUUCAAAGCAAUUCAGCCAGGAAAAAAACGUUCAUGGUGCGAGGUUCACUUUUACGAAAAACAAAUAGCAAAAGCUCCCUAUUUAUUACCAUUCAUUCCUAAAUAUUAUGGUGUAUUUAGAGCGUUUAUUGCAAACGAAGAGGAGGACUUGGGCGACAAAUCGAUUGAUUCUCUCACGAGAGCAAGUAGCUCAUCUUUGAAUUCUAUCUUCUUUCAUGCUUCAUCUUUAGCGAGUAGCACGGCAUACACGUCUCUGCAAACACUUGAAACAAACAAUGGAGAUGUGACAUUGCGAGGAGUGAAGGAACCUCUUCAUGUUGUAAAUACUACGUACAAACAUAUUGAUUUUUUGGUUCUAGAGGACAUUACUGCAAGUAUGAAAAAUCCAAAUGUCAUGGACAUCAAAAUGGGUCAACGAACCUAUGGAGAAGAUGCGUCACCAGAAAAGAUUCUAGAAGAAGAAUCAAAAUAUCCGUAUCAACAUGUUUUAGGAAUGAGAAUUAGUGGUGCCAAAAUAUUUGAUAGAACCCAAAAAACAUAUAAAUAUUUAGAUAGACAUUGGGGACGUACCAUUACACCUGACACUCUCAUAAAUGCUAUGGAGUUAUUUUUCCUUCCUGCAGAACUGGAUGAAGAGGUACGAAUGGACGUAGGAGUGAGUGUUCUCACACAAUUCCUGAAAGAGGUGAAGAAAAUGUACAUUAUUUUCACCCAAAAGAAUGACAUGUUGAGAAUGUAUGCAAGCUCGCUGCUCAUUUCAUAUGAUCAUUCUAAGAACUUGUGUGUGAAAAUUAUUGAUUUUUCUCACGUUCAUGAAAAUCAUACAGGAACACCAAUUUUCGAUACUGGAUUUGCACACGGCCUUUCCACUAUCAUUUCUGUCACAGAACAGCUUUUGGAAAAAUAUUCCACAGGUACGAAAUGA